AUGCCGCCUACUGCUGCUGCCCUUCCCCAAGCUUUACAAUCAAUCACUGCUACGAAAAUCACCGAGCUCAAGAAACAGCGUGCCCUGUUUGAGUCUCGCAAAUCAGCGCUCCUCAAGAAAGCUGAUAGUCAAACGGACCUUCGAGAAAGGGUGAGGAUCCUUCUUGAAGGUGUAACAAAGAUCCAGGGUUUUCCCGGUGAUGGCUUGGACACAUCCGACAAAGAUGAUGCAGAACGUGAUUGGCAUGAUAGUUCGUGUGAUGGGUCGACCAGGAGCCGGUAUCGGAACAUUAGACGGUUCUUAUUCCAAAUCAGCUGGUUACCGAAUGGCUCACAAACCCUAACGACCCAGCUGCAGAGAAAGGAACUGAAGGACAGUCCGAGCAUGUUGGGGAGGGAGGAGAUGCAUGAACAGCGGGCGGAAUGGGAGUCCUUGGUGUUCGAUCCAGCUCAAACUGACACUGUCGCUAUUGAACGGUACCUCGAGCAGCUUUUCGCUCAAACCAGGCUAUCCCAGCAGGCUCUCAAGGACCUGCGGAGUUCGGUUAAGGCCUGUUCAAAGGAGAUGCUUGCGGAUCAGAAAGCGUUCACACCUAGUUCCCUCAAAUGGAUCACGAGUGGGGUCAUUUCGAGUGAUAUUUUCUCCCCCGAUAAGGUCGUCAUACUCAAAGGGUUUCUCGAGAAUGAGGAUGUUGCUCAAGAGGUUGCGGAUGUAUUGAACAUGCGUCUUGCUCAACUUGAUACUUGGAAAUGGGGUAGCGAAGUUAUACCGCUUGAGAUGCGACGACAGCUGAACGGAAAAUACCGGGUGUAUAUGGACGAAGACGUUCUUGAUGCACUCUUUUUACACUACCUAGGAGUCCAAUGGGGGGUGAAGUUCAAGGGCAUAUUUGGAACGUUUUUCAAUUCGCAUGCGUGGAAGCGGAACGCACCGCCUAUUCCGAAGCGCGACCUGGAGAGGCGGCAAUAUUUUCUGGAUGAAAACCCUAAAGGCGACAACGAUGCACAAGUGAAUCUAUAUAAAAUUAGGAGAGACAUGUUCGAGUCGUCCUACUUUAUGAGCCAGCUCCCGUAUACCCAAGGCCAGACUCCUACGUAUGACUCCUACGUUGAUGAGGAUCUUUCUACUUCACCUAUUGACCGGAAGCACUCCUUGCUUCAUCUCCUAAUUACAGAGGCCCGGGUAGCCACUACGCUAUAUGGGAAAAUAACAGUAUUAAGGUCCGACUUCAAAUGGUUUGGGCCUUCCCUCCCGCAUUCAACCCUGCUGACGGUCCUGAAAUUUUUCCAUAUGCCACAGAUCUGGCUCAAUUUCUUCAAAACAUUUCUCGAAGCACCAGUGAGGUUCGUGAAUGAUGGGCCUGAUGCUCCAGCGCGAAUAAGGAGGCGAGGUGUUCCAAUGUCUCAUUCAUUAAGUGACUUCCUUGGAGAAGUGCUGCUUUUCUGCAUGGAUUAUUCCGUUUCAAAAUCCGCAGAUGGUGCCUUCCUUUAUCGCCUCCAUGACGACUUUUGGUUCUGGGGCCAGGAGAAACUGUGUGUUCGUGCUUGGGGCGCUAUGACUGAGUUCAGCAAAGUUAUGGGGAUUGAGUUUAACGAGGAGAAAACCGGGACAGCGCGACUAACUGGAAAGAACCCUCGGUCUUCCCAUCAGGAACCGAGCUGUUCCGAGAGCGAAGGCGUGGAUGAGGGUGGUUCUGACAACAUGUCCAUCAGUUACUCGGACUCAGAUAUCAAUAACAAUGCCCUUCCCACUGGUGACGUGCGUUGGGGAUUUCUCAAGCUUGAUGAAGAAGAAGGUCGAUUCAUUAUCGACCAAUCAAAGGUAGAUGAACAUGUUAAGGAGCUUAAGCACCAACUGGAUGCGUGUCGAAGCAUUUUUAGCUGGAUAAAAGCGUGGAACAGCUAUUUUGCUCGCUUCUUUGUUAACAAUUUUGGUAAGCCCGCAAUGUGUUUUGGGCGCGAGCACAUCGAAAUGGCAAUAACUACGCUGCAACGGAUAGAGAAUGAGCUCUUCAUGUCACCCAGCAACGUAGACGCGUCCACUCCUCGCGCCUACAAUGCGGUAGAUUAUCUCAGACUCUUAAUUGCUCAGCGAUUCAACGUCCACAAUCUCCCGGAUGGCGUCUUCUACUUCCCCGUAGAGCUCGGAGGCCUAGAUCUCCGUAACCCACUGAUCCCUUUCCUCGCCAUUCGCGAGAAUAUGAGAAAGACCCCGGAAAAGACUCUGGAGAAAGCCUUCAUAGAAGACGAAAAAGCGUAUUCAGCCGCAAAGGAACAAUUUGAGAAGCAUGGACCCAACCACACUGGCAAUUUUGUUCUAAAUACAUAUCGCCGCCGCCAUGGUGGGCGCAGCAGCUCCUCUUCCCCGUCGUACAUGGCACCCGAGACUUUCAUGUCACUAGAGGAGUUCAACAGAUACACCGAAACCACCAGCAGAAACCUUGUAUUGGCAUAUCAGGAGUUGCUCGUCUGUCCUAAACAGAUAGCUGUCAAUUGGACACCAGAGCUGAUGGGUGAGCAGACUCGAUUGGACGAUUCGUCAGCGGACAAUUCACCUCCAAUUUUCUCCAGUUGGCAUUCCAUGAAUAUGUACUGGAAGUGGGUAGCGGAGUUGUAUUGCAGAGAGAUUGCAAAGAGAUAUGGUGGAUUGGCAAUUGUAGAGAGGGGAGUUGUGCCACUGGGAGUGCUGAAGGUGUUGAGGGAAGGGAAGGUGAAGUGGCAGGGUUGA